AUGGUGAAAGGCGACGUUAAAGACAAGCACGGCGAUACUAUCCAUGAGGGUGAUUAUGUCUUUACCCGCAUUCGAGGUGGCUCACACCAAGGGGAGGUCGAAAGAAUUGUCAUGGACGAGCAGGAAGCCGAAGAGGAGGGUGUCAAGAACCCCCCGAAGGUGAGAUGGUCCCGACUUUGUAGAGACUUUGUAGAGGAUAUUGCUGAUAUCACCAUUCACACUAUUCAGGUCGUAUUUCAUGAUCAGCGUGGCAAGAAAGUCGCGCAUAAUCCAGAGACCCUAGAAAAGAUGGAACAUGAAUAG